AAUGGAUUCAUUUACGAGACUACAAUAGAAAGAAUUUAUAGAUAUUGACUUGCUUAUCAAAAAUGAAGCAAUUAUUAAACAAGAAAACCUUAGUUGUUUCUUUUAAAAAGAUUAUAGAGAAUCUAUAUCAGAUUAAACAAGAAAAACAAAAGACACUAAUUCUAAUAAUACUCAUAUUUCUUUAUUAUUGAUUUCUCCCUAAUCCUUAGUGAAUUCUGAAAAUUUAAAUGAUAACAUGAUGAUCAACCACAGAAAUUCAAUCCAACCAUUUUUUGGAGCACUUCUAAAAAAGAGCCCUCAUUGGAUUUAAGGUUACAAAGAGAGAUAGUGCUCAAUUAUAAAUCGGGUUUUUAGAUAUUUCUCUAGUGAUUCUCAUAAAUUGGAAGGGGUACUAAAUUUUGAUGUUUAAACUUAUUAACUUAUUGAUAUUAAGGAUAAAUAAGGAAAUGUUAUUGAAUUUAUGUAUUUUCUAGUAUUAAAAAAUUAGAAUUAAACCAUUAGGUAAAGUUGAAAAAACAUUUCAAUUUAAAGGCCAUACUUCUUAAGAAACCUAAAGAUGGUUUUCGAUAAUCAAAUUACAUUUGCAAGAUUCUUUAGGAGCCCUAAAUAAAUUAACAUCUCUUUGUCUUUAUGGUAAAUUCUGGAGAGUAAUAUAAUUGUUAAAUUAUAUUAGCAUGAAAGAAUAUCUGCUUAAUAACUUGAAGAAGAAGCUUAGGAUGCUGAUUUAUUACUAUUUAGAGGAAAAAGCUUUAAUUGUUAAGUAUAAAGAGCCUUAACUCAAGAUGAUUAUGAUCAUGUUGGAUUAUUAAUUAAAAUUGAACCCAAUACACUAGUCAUAUUCGAAUCAUUACCUACAAAUGGAGUUAGCAUAUGUGAAUGGAAAACUUUCAAUGUUAAAGAAUGGUAUAAUUUAUAUGAAAAGUAUUUGAUUAUUAUAUAAUAUCAUUUUAGAAUAGUAUAUAGAAGACUUUAGACCAAUCGAUCGGUAACUUUUAAAAAUAAAUUAUCAGACUUUGUUCAUAAUAAUUUAGGUAAAAGAUUUUCUUGUGCUCCGUCUAAAUUAUUGAUAUAAAACUCUGUUAAUAUUGGAGAUACUAGUUAAUAAACUGUAAAUUCAUAAAAUAGAACUUAUUUUUGUUCAGAAUUAAUUGCAAAAUGUUACAAAAUCUUGGGAUUCUUGCCCAAAAAUAUUUCGUCAACAUAAUAUUGGCCUGGAUCUUUUUCAUAAAAAAAUAUAAAACUCAAACUUGAUUAAGCACAGCUAAGUGAUGAAUAUCUUAUUGACUUUUGUAUAUGA